GCAAUGUCUGGUCACAGUGGGCGUUGAUUCAAGUGGUGGGGGCCAUCGGCGCGUUUGGCAGCUGCUGCUCGUGCGAACCUCCGUCUCCAUGGUGGCAUUGGCAUCAUCCCCUUCCUCUCCCCUUCCCCUCCCUCCCCUCGCGCAACCUCAACCCACCACCCCUCUCUCCGCCUAGACCCCACUCCAGCGCUGCCGCCGUCGACGAGCGCCAUGUUCGCGCCUUCCACCUCCUCCGCGACCUCGCUGCUGCUGGGCGGCGGCAGGCUCCCGUGGUUCCAGCUCCAGUCCCUCCGCACCCCCACCAAGCCCCCCUUCCGCAACGCCUCCCCGUCGUCCCUUCGGCUACGCGGCUGCGCCGGCGCGAGGCACCGCCCGCUCGCUCCCGUCUCCGCCUCCGCGCUGCCCCUGCCGGUGACGGCCGCUUCCCCGCCGGGGGUGGGGGAUGACGGGUGGAGAAAUGUCGCCGUGAGGAGCUUCGCGGUGGCGCUGGCGUGCGGGGCGCUCGCGGCGGCGUGGUGCCACAGGGCGAUGGCCGUGGGGGCUGCUGCGGCGGCUGGAGCAGGGGCCGGGGCGCCGGGGGCGGCGGAGGCAGCCGCGGGGAUUGGGGGGAUGGCGCUGCGCGGGGGGUGGCCCAGGGUGCUGCAGAUUCUGCAGCUGCUGAGGGAGCAGGGCCUGGUCCUGGCCGCGCUGCUCGGCCUCUCUGCGUUCUUCUCCAUGGCAGAGACCUCCAUCACAACACUAUGGCCUUGGAAGGUUCGUGAGCUAGCUGAAAAGGAACCUGAGAAUGGUGUUUUCAAAAUGCUCCGAAGUGAUGUCACUCGUUUCCUGACAACCAUUCUCAUUGGCACUACUGUGGUCAACAUUGGGGCAACUGCAAUUGUUACUGAGGCAGCAACAGCAAUGUUUGGUGAAGCGGGUGUCAGUGCAGCAACAGGUGUCAUGACUGUUGCCAUCUUACUUCUUACAGAAAUCACUCCGAAAAGUGUUGCAGUCCAUAAUGCCACAGAGGUUGCUAGGUUUGUGGUAAGACCGGUUGCAUGGCUUUCACUGAUCCUGUACCCAGUUGGAAGGAUUGUCACUUUUCUGUCCAUGGGAAUGCUUAAGAUUCUUGGCCUGAAAGGGAGAAGUGAACCAUAUGUUACUGAAGAUGAACUGAAGUUAAUGUUACGAGGAGCGGAGUUGAGUGGUGCAAUUGCAGAAGACGAACAGGAUAUGAUCGAGAAUGUACUCGAAAUUAAAGACACACAUGUCAGGGAAGUAAUGACGCCUUUGGUGGAUGUAGUUGCAAUUGAUGCUACUGUGACACUUAUUGAUUUCAAAAACUUAUGGGAAACUCAUCAGUACUCUAGAGUUCCUGUAUUUGAGGAGCGCGUAGAUAAUAUCGUUGGAAUUGCAUAUGCAAUGGAUAUGCUUGAAUACGUUGAAGAGGUUGAGAAGUUGAAGGAAAUCACUGUCAAGGAAAUCGCACAUAUGCCUACAUACUUUGUUCCAGAUUCAAUGUCUGUUUGGAACCUUUUAAGAGAGUUCCGGAUCAGGCAGGUUCAUAUGGCAGUGGUCCUCAAUGAAUAUGGCGGAACUAUUGGUAUUGUAACACUAGAAGAUGUGGUGGAAGAAAUAGUUGGCGAAAUCUUUGAUGAGAAUGAUUCAAAGGAGGAAAUCCAGAAGAAAACAGGUUAUAUAGUGAUGCGGGAAGAUGGAACAUUUGAUGUUGAUGCAAAUACAUCGAUAGACCAUCUAUGUCAAGAGCUUGGCAUCAAAAUACCAGAGGGUCAUCAAUAUGAGACGGUGUCUGGUUUUGUCUGUGAAUCCUUUGGCUAUAUUCCAGAAGAAGGUGGGAAAAUGCUUGUGAUACUUGAAAAGGAUUACAGAGAAGAAAAUGAGGAGGAAGUGUCUGACCGCCAAGAUGAUAGAGAAAAAACUCAAGCUUAUGAACUUGAGAUAUUGGAAGCUAAUGCAAGGAAGGUGGGUAAAGUCCUAUUCAAGCCAAUAAGCAAUGAAUGUGUAGAUGUUGACAGCAAGGAUGUGAAUCGUUUGAUUUCGAAGAAAAUCAUCAAGCGGAAGAAGGACUCUUCAGAUAGCGAUGACGAGGGGUGUCCAGAUAUAACAGAAAAUGGUUGCCCAGCAGAGAUACUUUCAGACUCGGAUGACAAGCGUGACCAAUUGGAAGAUGCAAGCAUUUCUAGCGCGACCAGGUGACAAGAAAACAAACCAGGACCAUCGUACUAUUGCUCCACCGCGAGCGGGUCGCCGCGGAGCUGGAAGUUUUUGCACUCGCAGGCGGUGGACGUCACACCCGGGAACAAGGCGGCGGCGGCGGUGUCAUGCAGCGGUCUGCAUGGGUACAGCAGCUCCGGGUGGAAGAACCACUUUACCGGCGUCGCCCUCGGAACAGCACCAGCGGGGGAGGGGACCGCGGGGCGGUCGGUGCGGGGAGCGAGCAUCUGGAGAAGCCUCUCCUCCCGCUUCUCCCUGAUCCUAUCCAACUCCCUGAACCUCUGCUGCAGCAACGCGAUGGAGGAGAACAUCACCGUGCCCUCGUUGCUCUGCACCCCCAUUGAGGAAUGGUCGGUGAGAAGAAGAGAGGGUUGUGUGAGCUGAUGAGAGAGAGAGAGAGAGAGAGAGAGAGAGAACUCAGCUUUAGUUUCCGUUCGUCUGUCUUGCUUUGCUCGGUGUGUGGGGUGGGGUUUGUUGUUUGAGGUGUGGUCUUAGGCAUGUGCUAUUUAUAAGCAGCAAAGUUCUGUCACGGCGCAGGUUGUCAUCUAAUGGUCGUGUUGCAAGUUGGGCUAAUUCUUUUUCCCAUUAUGCGGUGCGAUGCUGUGCUAUGCUAGGAUGUUACGUAUGGGCUAGUGAAAAACACUAGACUGCUAUGAGAGAGAAUCUGGGAGGAGGGAAUGUCACGUCGCCCGAGGAAAGGGAGUGGGAGGCGUGCAGGUGAGAGAGAGAAUAAGGGCGUGGGAGGGUCAAAGAAAUGGCGCCGUGGACGCUUGCGCUUGUUGGGUUUCUGUAGCUGGGAAUCGUGUUGUGGGUGGCCAUGAUUGUUGCGCCGUUGUUUGUCUGCCACCUUUUCAUCCGUUUCUCUCUUUCCCUUGUGCUGAUGCUGCAGCAGGAGAGGGCUGCAUACCAUGCCUUGCUGUUCUCUGUCUCCCUUUCUUUCUAAUGACGAUGCUGCUCCUAUCGUCUAAACGGGCGGAUGAAUGCUGCGUGCUUUUCUGUAAUGGCGUCGUUGGGGUUCGGUUGGUUUCUAGGACCUGUCUGCUGUCUACUUCUGUAGACGCGUGUAGUAUUGGGUAGGUAGCAACUGUGGUGUAGAGCGGCCGAUGUCUUAGCUUGAUUGUGUGUGAAUGUGUUGGAUAGUCUGGGAUCAGAAAGUCCGCGUUCAAUUUUGCCUCUUUGGGUUUUGACUACAGCAGCGAUCGAUCUGAGUGUGAAUGGAGCUUCCACGUUGUAGAUAUUUAGAGCUUAAUAUGACCUCUGGUUAAUUGUAAAAAGUUGAUUGACCGUUGCUCUUUUACGGGUAUGUAAGCAGUCAAUAUCCCAAUAAUAGAUGGUUCACGAGUUCCCCAA